UUUCUUACAGGAAACAUGGUUCCAAAACUGUUCACUUCCCAAAUUUGUCUGCUUCUUCUGUUGGGGCUUCUGGCAGUGGAGGGCUCACUCCAUGUCAAACCUCCACAGUUUACCUGGGCUCAAUGGUUUGAAACCCAGCACAUCAAUAUGACCUCCCAGCAAUGCACCAAUGCAAUGCGGGUCAUUAACAAUUAUCAACGGCGAUGCAAAAACCAAAAUACUUUCCUUCUUACAACUUUUGCUAACGUAGUUAAUGUUUGUGGUAACCCAAAUAUGACCUGUCCUAGUAACAAAACUCGCAAAAAUUGUCAUCACAGUGGAAGCCAGGUGCCUUUAAUCCACUGUAACCUCACAACUCCAAGUCCACAGAAUAUUUCAAACUGCAGGUAUGCGCAGACACCAGCAAACAUGUUCUAUAUAGUUGCAUGUGACAACAGAGAUCAACGACGGGACCCUCCACAGUAUCCAGUGGUUCCAGUUCACCUGGAUAGAAUCAUCUAAGCUCCUGUAUCAGCACUCCUCAUCAUCACUCAUCUGCCAAGCUCCUCAGUCAUAGCCAAGAUCCCAUCUCUCCAUAUACUUUGGGUAUCAGCAUCUGUCCUCAUCAGUCUCCAUAGCCGUUCAGCUUUCCUGAGCUGAAGUGCCUUGUGAA